AUGAUUCAUUCAGUUGAUUUUCAUUUGCAGUUGAAGCAAUCUCAAUUUCGAACGCCAAUUGAAGUGCUGAGGAAGAACUUCAAAAGCAUACAAAAACUUGUGGAGACACAUAAAAGCUAUUGUAUAUCCCAGAUAAAGCUAAUUGAGAACACCCGCAAUAAGCAGGAGAAAUUGGAUCUUAUUGACGCCGCUAUUCAACAACAGGAGAUGUUCAGCAAUGAUAUUAAGAGAAGGGUCGAAGAGCACAACAAGUUUAUUUCAAGGCUGAAAAUGAGACUACGCAAGCUUAAACAGUUUCAAACAUUAUAUGAUAGCCACAAAAAAGACCUCUCCAGCGAAGAAGCACUUACCAAAUAUGCUUCGCUCUACAGAGAAGAGAUCAACCUUUUGUUGAUUGAUUUUCUUCUCAAAAGCUCUUAUAUGGACCAAGCUCAUUCGGAUAAGCACAACUCGGGUGUUAUUUUGGCUAAGAAAUUGGGACUUGAUGACCUUAUUGACUAUGAUGUGAUAUUACAAGGUCUAGAAAUAUAUAAUGAAAUCAAGUUCCACAAAAAUUUGAAAAUAUUGAUCAAAUGGUGCACCGAAAACAAAAAGAGUCUCAAGUCAAUUCAGGACGAAAACGAUCCAAACUCUUCUCUGAAAUUUGAAACUUAUUUUCAAAGUUUCAUUGAAAACGUUAAGCUAGGGGAGCUUUCCAAGGCUCUAGAGAUUGCUAGUGAAUACUUGGUGAAUUUCUUGGACACGAAUGUGGACGACAACUUAUACAAAAUUGCUUCAGGUGCGGCAUUGCUUUGCUGGAACCGAACUUACUUGAAUGACACUACUCAGCUACCCCACAAACGCGAACAUGAAAAAACUUCCUCAUUUUAUGACCAGAGUAUGAACAUGGUGAGCCAAAUUGAAGGGAAUGUAUCACCGUUAAAGGAGCUUUUGGAGGAAAGUAAAUGGUCCAAGCUAGCUGAUUUUUUCCUGUUCAACUACAAUUCUAUAUAUGGAAUAAGCCAGAAACCAGACCUGCUAUUGCUUUUGAGUGUGGGAUCCACUGCCCUUAAGACAAGAUCUUGUGUACGCUCCUCGACCCUUAGUCAAGUCAGUACGAGUGACAUCAAUUUCGACGAUUACUUGAUCGACACCAGGAACAAGGAUGGUAGACUUGCGAUACAUAAUGAAUGUCCAAUAUGUUCACCCGAUCUUUAUGAACUCACUCAUGAUAUCCCCUUUUCUCAUCAGGUGAAGUCGAAUAUCUACGACUAUCCAGUGAUGCUUCCCAAUGGUAAUAUAUACCAAUAUGAGAAACUGAUUUCGAAAUCUUUCAAGAUUAGUGGGGAUAAAUUCGAGCAAUCGAAGCUCAUACCAGCUCAGCUUUCCAAAGAAUUAAAGGACUCGUUUGGAAUUCUUAGUAAGAACGAGUUUAGUGGUCUGUUGGACAACUAUGAACUUCUUGACCCUUUGACAGGAGAGGUUUUCAAAAGGGAACAGAUUACGAAAGUAUUUCCUACGUAA